GAGCCCGAACGGAAUUUGAGCUGUGUCGCAGCCGAUCCGAGUGGAGUGGAGCCAGAGGUGGUGGGCAUGCUUUCACCCGAGGCGGAACGGGUGCUUCGGUACCUGGUGGAGGUGGAAGAGCUCGCCGAGGAGGUGCUGGCGGACAAGCGACAGAUUGUGGAUCUGGACACCAAAAGGAAUCAGAACCGGGAGGGCCUGCGGGCUCUGCAGAAGGAUCUCAGCCUCUCCGAAGAUGUGAUGGUUUGCUUCGGGAACAUGUUCAUCAGGAUGCCUCACCCUCAGACGAAGGAGAUGAUUGAGAAAGAUCAGGACCAUCUGGAUAAAGAAAUAGAGAAACUCCGCAAACAACUUAAAGUGAAGGUCAACCGCCUCUUUGAGGCCCAAGGCAAACCAGAGCUGAAGGGUUUUAACCUGAAUCCCCUCAACCAGGAUGAGCUUAAAGCUCUCAAGAUCAUUUUAAAAGGAUGAAAUUCAAGAAUGAGAUGGGGGACCUAGGACAGCAUCCCCCCUGAGGUCAUGGAGGACCCAGGACUCCAGCUUUGAAACCUGCAAGGACACGAUCCACCCUGCUAGAAGAUGGGCGUCUUUACACUUUAAGAUGUAAAGAAGAUCUGCCCCAUGAAAAGCCUUUGUCUGGGGGGGAUUGGCUCUCCGUGAUGGCAGGAGGGAGCCCUCAGCCUGCCAGUGUCUGCUGGGGCUGACUGCUGGGGCUGGAUGGACACAAGGCCCAUUGACAGGCCCUGGCAGCCACCAGUGCUGAGUGGGGGCAGCGCCUGUGGGGGUGUGAGAAUGGCCACAACAGGCACUUUUAACAAGGGCCCCUGUUCAGAUGGGCCCCGGACGUCGGGGAGCAUCAUUCCUGCAUUCCUCUCCAGAAGAGAGGCAUUCUCAAGCAGCAUGUAGUGGAAUUGGAAUAAAGCAGGAGGCUCACAGGUGGUUUCUGAGUGAAAGGCCGAAUCAGUGUUUCGUAGUUCACCACAGCCAUCUGUGGGCCAGACGCACCACUCCCCCAGCACCGCCUCCACUUUGACGCUUUUUUCCUGCUUGCCCCCAGAAUGGAGCCCAGAGUGGGUGCUGCUUAUCAAACUCUUGCACCUGUCUUUUAGUCAGGAAGGCCUUGCAGAGUCCCGCACCAGGGACGGGUGGGGGAGCUGCCUCUUCACGAGGCCCUCUGCCACCUCUGAAGGCGGGGCCUGGGUCAGCGCCACUCAGGGUUCCGGCCUGCCUUCGCUGGUCUCAGAUCCUAAUGUGCUGUGAGGCAGCACGCUGUCUUUCAUGUCACUGAGAGCUUAAUA